AUGGCAAGAACAGAUGAAGACAACAACGACCAUCAACCGACUAAAAACAGGAUGCCAAAAGACGGCAGAAAGGGAAGGAAGAAGCAGGGUUACUUAUCUAUUUCAGACAUCACAUUGCAUGAUUUUGCUGAUUGCCGGAGGCCCCAAGCCUGCAGUCGUGUGAAAAAAUCCAUUGCAAGUGCAGCAGCUGGGGCCAUACCAAAGACAUCCAGUGUCCAAACAGUUCUCAGCACAGCAGAUGAUGACCUCAGCUGGUUUGAAAAAGACCUGGAGAACUUUGUUAUAGAAGAUGAAACUCAUGAAGAUGAUGAAGAUCUCACGGCAAUUAGCUCAAAUGUCAGUGCUAAAGGCCAGAAGCAAAAAGAAAAGAUAACUUCCAGUGAUGGAGUUGUGUAUCCACAUGAUUUAUGGUUCCUUGUCUCUGAUUACAUUCAUCCUGAGGAUAUAGGAAGAUUCUCUGGGAUCUGCAGGGGGGCAUACUCUAUUACACUUACUGCUGCUUUUUGGAGGCGAUUAUAUGAGAGGUUUGGGGUCAAAGGCAAAGACAAGUUACCAGAACAUUUGAGGCCACACAGCAUGGAACGACUACACGGGUUGAGAGCUAGAGUUAUACGCUCUUUGUUCUAUCUGAGCCCAGUGUUGAUGAGCAGGGUACACAACAGAGGUCCUAUGGAGGAUGAACCACAUUGUCUCAAAGGUCAUAGAUGUCUGCUAGCGUGGCACCAACCAGCAACAAAAGGUUGGCAGUUCUGUUUCAAGUUUCAGAAACCAACCCUGCAGUCCCUUACUAGUCAGCGGCCGGUCAGUAAGCUGGACGUUUACCAUGGUUACAAUGACCUCUUGUACAACCCCGAAGCUGGCUGUUCCGUUCUGCAGGUCACCUGCUGCCAUUUUGCUUCUGUGGCUGCUGUCAUGGGACUGUUGCUGAAUCAGGUCUAUGUGACACUAAGCACUGGUUUCCGACACCAUCGACUACGUCUGCACUUUGAUUCCAGCAUCAGCCAGAAUGCUUCGGACACCGUGGUUGUUCUGGAUGAUGUUCUCUCCAUUAAACUGAUGCGAUGGUGGCACCCUGGCUACCCCUUCACUGGCUGA